AUUCAAACUCUCGAGCAGAGAAGUACACAUUGUCUGGCUCAUCAACCUCAGAACGUGCCGCUGACUCUGUAGCAUGUCGUGUUUGCUCCCUCAGAAACUCAGCCCGCCGAGCGGGCUAGAUGUAAAAUUCGCACAGAAGUGGUCAAUCUCACCAGAGACAUGGUGGACCGCAACAACGCCAACUUUCUGGUGUGGCCGCUGUGCGUGGAAGUCCAGCGCUGCUCUGGCUGCUGUAGGAUUCAGAGAAUGCAGUGCGUUUCCAAUGCCAUAAACACCAGAAACCUGGAGGUCACCAAGAUCGCGUACAAAAACCAAAGACCCACUCAUUCUAAGGUUGUGGUGUCGAUAGUGGAUCACGUGGAGUGCAAAUGUCAAUCGAUGUACACCGCUCUGCUCAAGAAGAGAGACACUCACAGGCUGCACAGCCACCUGCAUCGAAAUCAGAUCCUCGGCCCGCUCCACUGUUGA